AUGUGAAUGACGUACCCGGAAGUGGCUUUCAAUAGCCGAAUAUUUUGUUGAUAUUGUUGGUAUCGGUACCUGACUAAUGUUACCUGGUUAUGUAGAAUCGGUGAAAGGAACUCUUUAAAGUGAUGGCAGAGGGGAGUGGACAGGAUGUUUCUGAAUACCUUCAGCAAAACCCUCACCUGGCGCAUUGGGUGGAAUCCUUAAGAGAGCUCUCCGAGACAAAUAAGCACUGGCACGCCAGGCGAGAGUUUGUUCUACGCAACAUGGAGGUCUUUCCUACCAUCCAACCAGGGAUCGUAACUCCCAGUCUGGACAGGCUGCUUUCUCUGUCCAAGGUUUGGGCCAACCAGACGUUCUUAGGCUGUCGCUAUCCCCAACCUGUGACGGACAAAGUGAAAGAGCUGGCAGAAGGGAUUGGUGUGAACAAAAGUCCUGUUCAAAAGACAAAAGAUGAGAUCGUAGGAAAAGGAAAGAGGCCAUUUGUUUCAGCCAUGGAUGGUGAGAGCUGUGUUAAGAAAAACAAAACUGUUCCUAACAACUCUGACAGUAAAGGCGGAGAACAAAAUGCUGACAGUCCGAACGCUGCUGCUGUCAAAUCAGGUCCCCUACCCGAGGCCCCUGCAGAACAUCAGCCCUUCUUUAACCGCCUUUAUAAAACAGUGGCCUGGAAACUGGUGUCUGCAGGAGGCUUUGGUCCCAACCUGGAUCACUUUGAGAUCCUGCGCGCCUGUGUGGAGUCGUGCAAGGCGAGCCUUAUUUGUGUAUUUGUGCCUCUCAAAGACAUUCCUGACCUGCCUGCCGGCUGCACCCAAAGAGAGGGCCAGGUGUGUGAGCUGCGCUGCCACACUGUCUACAUGGGCACAGGAUACGGACGUGACGAAUGUGCAGCAAAGGCCAUGGCCUCAAAGGAGGCACUUAAAGUAUUUCAGGGGCGGAAGGUGACGGUGAAGAUCUCCCGGCGCAGGUUCCACGGUCGAGAUGUAGAGGAUUUGGUUCUAUUAGAUGAACAGCCAAGAAGCUCCAUUUUGCCUCCUGCUCUUAGUUAUCCUUUUUAAGUCUAAUUAAUAACUCUCUGUCUCUUUGUACCCUACAACGUCUCAUUUUGUUUGCUAAAGACGUGUCAGUUGCAGUUAUAAGGUCAUGGUGAUGAUGGAAGGUUCAGGACUGCAGUGAUUGACUUUUAUAUGCUAAACAAUGUUUGAUGUACUGAGCAAGAGUUCUUUUUUGAUCAGACAGUUUAGAGUACAAACCUGUGUGUAGGUUAUGAGCCCCAGUUUUGUAGAAGAGUCUACUGGUUGUAAUUUCAAAUUUUACACAACCUGGCUUUGAUUUUAGUCUGUAUAUAAGCUAAUAUGGAAUUCAUAAGCAAACUGCACUUGAUAUCUUCUUUAUAUUCUAAAAUCUCUUACGUUUCGGUCUGUUUUCGGACGUUUAAAGCGGUUGCACUCGUUGAAGCAGACAGUUCAUUUAUAACGAGUUGUAAGGUUCAUCCCAGUCGUCGAUGUCUGUCUGUCUGUCCUUUAUAUGUUCAUAUAAAACGAGUUUGGAUUAUUUAAUUGCCUUUAUCCGUGUGUGUAUGCUUUUGAUGGAUCAAGCCUGAAUCUUCUUGUUCUUAGAGCAGCUAGUACAGAACCUUGAAUUUGACCAUAAUAUCAUUUCCUUGUUCCAGGUUUGUGUUACCGAAAUAUUGGCAAAAUAUUUUAGAAAAUACAUUAUUUUCCCUGUUUUGACAGCAGAUAAAACGGUUAAUAUUACAUACUGAAAUCGAAGCCCUUGAGUUCUGUAUAUACUUUAAUAAAAUAUUCCAUGUUUCACAAGAUGUGUUUUGAUGACAUUGGUUUAGUUUUUCUUAUUUUAAUUCAUCUCAUCUCAUUAUCUCUAGCCGCUUUAUCCUGUUCUACAGGGUCGCAGGCAAGCUGGAGCCUAUCCCAGCUGACUACGGGCGAAAGGCGGGGUACACCCUGGACAAAUCGCCAGGUCAUCACAGGGCUGACACAUAGACAACCAUUCACACUCACAUUCACACCUACGGUCAAUUUAGAGUCACCAGUUAACCUAACCUGCAUGUCUUUGGACUGUGGGGGAAACCGGAGCACCCGGAGGAAACCCACGCGGACACGGGGAGAAUAUGCAAACUCCGCACAGAAAGGCCCUCGCCGGCCACGGGGCUCAAACCCGGACCUUCUUGCUGUGAGGCGACAGCGCUAACCACUACACCACCGCGCCGCCCCUAUUUUAAUUCACUCAGAAAAAAAAUUAUGCCAAUUCAUUAACUGAUAUACGUUGUUGAACUAUCUAUAUAUUCACCUGAAAAAAUUUAAGAGUUAGAAAACGAUCAAACUAUAUUAACACCGUGUAGUUUUUUUUUUUUUUUGGUCAAGAAAUUGACUCAUUUUAAGUAAGCAAUAGGUAUUAGUGAAUUGAGAAAUGUUUGCAAUUUUUAUUUUAUUGAAACAGUCUACAUUUAAAUGGAGUGGGCAUAAAUCUUUAAUGCAGCGUUUUUCAAUCAAAA